AUGGAACGUGACAGGGAUAGAUCAAAUCUACCGCCAUCUGUGAUUUGUUUAAAUCGACCAAAAUACAUGUAUAGUAAUCUGAGUAUGAGUACAGAAGACUAUCACUAUGAUGGUGCUUAUCGUACCCACCAUGGUAAUGAUGAUAACGACGAUGAUGAUCUUAGGAAUUAUACUGUCAUCAAAAGAAAGCCUUCCGAGCAUCAUCAUUAUUAUAUACCAAUUCAUAAAGACAGAGAGAAUAGCUACACAGAAUCAAUGGUCAUCAAUUCACCACAAAAAGAUUAUGAAUAUCCAUUGAAUAAAAGACAAGAGAAUAGUAUUCCCUACAAAUCGACAAAAUCUUCUCCAUCUUAUUAUUAUAUUACUCCAACUCCAAAGCAUAAGCUGUCUACAUUGAAUGCAUGGGAUACUGAGUACACUUCAACUGAACUAGAGCAAAAUGAGGCUAAGAGUUAUGAUUAUCAUAACCCAGCAAAACAAAAUGAUAAUCAACCAUUUAUUCGAGAUAUCAAUAAUCGAAAAUCAUCAAGAAGAUCUGCAAGAAUUACAGAACUUGUAAAUUUAUUGACUAAAAACCUUGAUGAAGAGAAUAAACACAAUACUCAUGGGGUUAAUCAUAAAAACAGGCCCGUGAGUUCUACAGAAGAAAGUGGUGGUCUACCAGAGGGUAAUAGUGUACAACAAAAAAUCCAACAAAAAUCAUUUUCCGGGAAAUUACCUAGAACAAUAUCCUAUAUUCAUAUCAUUCUCAACCAAAUCAAGAAAAUAACGAAAUCAAUAAUAACAAUAAUAAUAAUAAAAGCAACAAGACAACUGAUCAUUUCAACAAACAAACAAAUAAACUUCCUGUAG